AUGCUGUCCCUGCUGCUCACUGCCAACGCGGAGCGGCUCGUGCUCAAAUCCGACUACCGCCUGCGCGACGCCGCCGCCGCCGCCGCCUUUGCCGCCGCCGCCGCGCCAUUUGGCCUCGGCCUUCCUGCCGCGCCACCGCUCGGAGCCCUCUCCGCCUUUCUGGGCUCCCGGGCGGAGGCCGUCUCCUUUGCCUUUGAUUCUGAGGCGCUCGAGAUCCUCGACGCAAACGGGCCACGCGAGAACUUUGCCGUUGGCGGCCGCAACCGCUGGCGCUACUCCGAUAUCGCCGAGUUUGCCUUCUACCCAUCCUCCGAGCUGCCGCUUCUGGUGUACUUUGCAGAGCGGAGCGGCAGCGGCAGCGGCGCGUCAGACUCGCAGGGCCACCUGUUCCCAGUCCUCUGCGACCCCGAGAGCCUCGUGCGGCUCUUCGAGGAGAGGGUCGGAGCGUCAAAGCGCACAGCCUCUCCGCCUCGGCGGCUGCGGAGCGGCCGGCGGCGGGCGGGCGCCGCGCGCAUGUCGCUGGCGCACCGAGGCGACGAGGCGGCUGCCCCACCGAGGAUGGUGGCUCCUGCGGUGUCCCGCAGAGGCGCGGCGGGCAUUUUUGCUGCCGCGGCGGCGCAUGCGGGCGCGGGCGCCGACACCGGCCUUGGGUACGUGGAUGACGCGGGACAGGUCUCGUACAGCCAGGUGCAGCGGGCGUGGGAGAAGGCGGCAACGAUGACCGACCGGGAAAAGUUGCUGGCCGCCCGCGGCGUCGCCCUGUCGCCGCCCCAGGGAGGAGGCGCGGGCGGAGAGAGCAUCCCCCGAAGCAUCAUCCCGCCGCCCGGAUGGAAUACUCAAGCGCCGCCCGGCCCUGUGGUGAUCACCCAAAUCGAGAAGGACAAGGGGCCGCCCCGCCCCGGCUCCGGCCCGCCUUAUCUCACUGUCGAGUCGCCCGGCCGCGGCGGGCGGGCUUGGCGCGUGCACCGGUCGCAGGCGCUCAGCUUCACGAACACCGUCGAGCCGCGCUGGAACCGCCUCGAGGCGGAACGGGAUGAGGGGCGGGCGGGCUCCGCGUCGGAGCUGCUCGAGCUCCGCCGCGGCCUUGUGCACGCGGUGGCGCGGGGAGGCUAA